AUGAAGUUUCAAAAAAACACUAUUGAAAACUGCUUUCAACAUGGUGGUCUAGUGAAAUCGAUCGACGAGUUUGAUUCAGAUGAUUACUUGCCUCUGAAUCAGUGGUACGUGAAAUACAAAAGUGUUGAUGAUGAUUGGAACGUCCCCCUAAGAGAUUGGUUGCGAACUCACUGCCCACACAAAACUACUGUGGACAAAUAUCUUUCUGAACUAGAUAACUUUACGAUCAUCGAUGAUAAUUUGGUAGCAACAGAGACCUUAACGGAUUGUGACAUUAUUGCUGAAGUUGUAGAAUCAAACCAUUCAACGAAUGAUCUAAGUUCCGAUAAUGAAAGCCGCGAUGUUGAGGGUCAAGUGACCGAACCAAUUCCAAGUUAUUCUGAAGCACUUUGUGCAAUUAAAACUGUUACAAGUUUCUUACAAUUCACUGAUUACGGAUCUGAUGAUACAAUUUCACAAGCCUCGUGA